AUGCACAUUGAUCCAACUCAGAUGGUCAAGAUUUCAUUCUAAGCUAGCAUUGUGAUUUUCAUUUCUUUAACAUUUGCAGCAAUUCUAUUUGGUUAACCUGAAAAGUUGACAAGAGGCUUCGAUCCAGAUGGAAUUGCAUGUGGUUCUGAUUUUGGAUCUAGAGAUUAUCCUUACAUUUAUUUUGGCAAUCCUACUCCCAAUACUUUACAUUAAACUGUCUGUGUGAAAUCAUGUCCUAAGCCAGAUCAUAAAAACGGCAUGCCAAAACAGUUAGAUUGCAUGCCUAACUCUAUUAUUCAGUAAUGUUAAGCUAAGUUCUCUAUAGACCAUCCAGAAACUUAAUUUUUAAUAUAUGAUACCUUCCUUUAUAAGGGAAACAUUUGUAUGCCUCGAAAUUUAGCUUAUUAUGAGGCGAUCAAAGAAAUAUCCACACCUCCUUCUAGAUUAAGUAAUACCAGUGACGUCUACAAGAAUAAAUGGAUGCUCCUUAUCUUUAUACUCGUUGCAGGCGUUGCAUCGAAAUAAUUACUCACAUAACUGAAGGCAAAUACUUAAUAUAGUGUUUGGGGCUUGACAUUUGGACUAUUCAUUUUUGUGGGAACUUUGGGAGUUAUUUUUGUUUCUUAAGCCAGAGAUGCUAUCGCCAAUUCAAUAGAAACUAAUUCCAUGUCUGCUUUUUAGGUGGAUGAAGAAUAUAUUUUGAAAAUGAGUAAUGUGCCCAAUCCUAUUAAAAUGGUCAUCUUAUCUUUAAUUUUUGUAAUUCUAACAUUUUAUGGAGCUUAUUUCUUAUACAACAAUUACGAUCGAAUCAAAGAUCUGUCACAAUUAUUUGAAUAGGUUGAAAUAUAUAUGGCUGAUCAUGAAUACCUAUAAGAAGCAUCUUACCCUAUGAUUUUGGUCCUUAAUUUCUUUCUAUUCUUAACACUCUAUACCAUUCUGUAUACAUUUAUCAAUAUUUCUAAUAGAUCAUUAAGAGCUUGUUUCGUGAUUGAUUUCUAAUAGAUCGGACCCUUUGAAAAAAUCUAAGGAGGUGUUCUCUAUUAUUUCCAAAUCUUGAUAGCGUUUUUCUUCUUUUGGGGAGUCCAAGUGAUCUUUGGAAUUAACAACUAUAUGGUGUCGUCAUCUCUGGUGCAGUGGAUUCAAGUGGGUUACAAUCAACACCAAGAUGUACAAUACAAUAGGAAUUAAGCUACACUUAUUUUAACCAGAUACUUUAUGCAAGAAGCCUUCUAUAACAUUGGUAAAAUAGCAUUUGCUUCAUUUCUCUUAUUGGUAUCUCCAGUUAAAUUUGUAUGCGAUGCUAUUAAGGAUUGGGCUGUCAGAAGGUAAAAUUAGAAGUUUAGAAAUUUACUUACUAAAUGUUGCUGUCUGCCCUUCAUUCAAAUAUACAAAAAAACCAGACAAAUUGAAGAGGUUGUUUACAUUGAAUAAGCAAUCAAUAGGAAGUAUUGCAUAACCGUUAAUGUCUGUUUUAAAUUCAUUGAGGACUACUUGGAAUUAAGAUUAGAGGAUUCAAAUGCUGCUGAGCUUUUUGAAUAACUAAGGAAUACUGUAGAUUCAUUUUUAUUGAUCAUCAAAAUAUUUAUUGCACUACUUUGUGCUAUCAUUUGUAAGUUUAUUUUGAGUUUCAAUUACUUUUCAAAUCAUAUGUACGAAACCAACCUCACUUCUUUGAUAGCUGCUAUCAUAGGAUAUUAUGUUGCAUCAUUAUAUUUCUAAAUCUAUUCGAUUGUUCUAUAAGGUUUGGGUUAUAUUUAUAUAAGAACGAUGAAUAUUUGUAAAAAGAACAAUGAGAAUUAUGAAAGGAAUUAAUAAAAAAGAAGAGAUACCGCAUUUGAAACAUUUAAAAAUAUUUAUAAAGAUUUUUCGGAAAUUAUGAUUCACUUUGAAAAUAAGAUUAGAAAUUAGAAAACCAAAGAAUAACUUCCUCAUUGA